GAAGGCAAGGGAACUGAUAGCUAUUUACUCAAGUCUGACGGCACCCUCAAAGCAAAACUGAGGCUAGCCGAAAUGAUGUACAAGUAGCUGCACAAAAAUUAAGUUCAGUGAAACUAGGCUCCACGUUCACCGACCUAUUUCAUAUUUUUCAUCCUAUUUUACGUCACCUGUUGGAGAUAGGAGGAAAAAAAGCACCCAAAACUAUUUACGCUGCACCUAAAACUACCUUUUCGGGGUUGUUUUUUUGUAAUUCUCUUGGAGAUGCUCUAACUAACUUGAAGACGCCAAAGCGGUCGGUCGCCUUCCAGUUCAGCACCACCGUGCAGUUACAGUCAUCACACUCCACGCACCGCGGCUACCACCUCUGUUCUCUUCCUCGCUUCCUUGCUCAACCGGAUCGACGCGAGCGUGGCAAGAAUCGCGGUGCGUGUGAGCCUUGUUCGGAGAAGAGCUACCCGAUGCAGCUGAGGCUGUGAGGGCACUGGGCACGGAUGAUGGGAGAAGCAGGGGAGGAAGAAUCGGCGGCCGCGCCGGCGGAGGUGAGCCGACAAGCGGAGCUGGAUGAGCAGCGAUGCCUGGCGGAGGCGCUGGACGCCCUCAGUUCGUUGGUCUCCGCUUCCUUGUCCGCGACGCUGUUCCCGCUCAAGUGGCAGCUCACCAGGGACCGGCUCCACGCCUGCCUCGCCGACACCACCGUCCCCGCGGGGGACGAGAGCGGCGAGGACAGGCGCGACGCGUUCGUGAACCUCCUGCGGGACGUCGCGGCGACCGCUCGGGAGGCGCGAGAGCUGGUGCCGCGUAGCCAGGGGCGGCAGUACGGCGGCGGCAAGCUGCGGCUGCGCAGCGACCUCGACGUCCUGGCCGCAGCCCUCGACGCGCACGUGGCGCGGCUGGACGAGGUGCACGCGUCGGGCGCGCUGACGCGGGCGCGGGCGCUGGUGGUGCCGCGCCCCGGCGCCGGGGCCACCCGCGACGACGUGCGGUUCUACGUGCGCGACCUCUUCGCCCGGCUCAGGGCCGGCGGCGCCGAGAUGCGGAGGGAGGCCGCGACCGCGCUCAGCGAGGUGCUGCGCGACGACGAGAAGUGCGUCCGCGUCGUGGCGUCCGACGUCGCGGACGGCGUCGGCGUGCUCGUCGCGCUGCUCGAGUGCCCCGACGCCCGCGUCCGGGAGGACGUCCUGGAGGCGGUCUCGGUGAUCGCCGGGUCCGACGCGCACAGGGGAGACCUGGUCGUCGGCGGCGUCAUCGCGCCUGUGGUCCGCGUCCUCGACGCCGCCGCCAGCGCCAGCAGCGAGGCGGCCAAGGAGAGGGCGGCGCGGGUGCUCUGCAAACUCACGGAGAACUCGGACAACGCGUGGGCCGUCGCCGCUCACGGCGGCGUCACGGCGCUGCUCGACCUGUGCACGGACCACGGAGCGAGCGGCGGCGAGCUCGUGUGCGCGGCGUGCCGGGUGCUGCGGAGCCUCGCGGGCGUCGACGAGAUCAGGAAGUACAUGGUGGCCGACGCUGGGGCCGUCCCGGUGCUCGUGUCUCUCUCGCAGAGGGCCACGGACGACGCGGCGCGAAUCCAGGCAAUGGAGCUCGUCGUCGCCAUCGGCUCUGGGGACAGCUCAGCCAGGGAGGCCGUGGUCCAGGAAGGUGCCAUCGAGGUCCUCGUUCGCGCGCUCGACGCCUCCUCCUCCUCGAAGGUGCGGGAGGUGGCCCUCCGUGCCAUCGACGGGCUCUGCCUCUCGCCGCCCACAUCCACCGACCGUCUCCUCGCCGCCGGGUUCCUCGACAGCGUCCUCUCCCUCCUCCGCACCGGAGACACCACGCUGCAGCACUGCGCCCUGAAGGCGGCGCACCGUCUGUGCCCGGUGUCGGAGGAGAUCAGGAAGGCGAUGGGCGACGCCGGAUUCAUGCUGGAGCUGGUGAGCGUCCUCGGCGCGUCGUCCAAGUCCCCCGAGGCGCGGGAGAUGGCGGCCGAGUCGCUCUGCGCCUUGGUGUCCGUGCACCGCAACCGGAAGCGGUUCGUCCAGGAGGACCGCGACGACGUGGCGCGGGUGCUGCAGCUGCUGGGCUCCGGCGACGAGGAGAAGCUCACGCCGGCGAAGCGGUUCCUGCUGUCCACGGUGACGCGUCUCGCGGACAGCAGCUCCGGCCGGAGGAAGAUCCUGACCUCGGAGCACGUCAGGAAUCUGGAGAAGCUUGCGGAGACCGAUGUCCCGGACGCCAAACGGAUCGUGAAGAGGCUUGGCGGGAGCAGGCUGAGGAGCAUUUUCCAUGGCAUUUGGAGCCUGUAAUGUAAUCCUUGGAGACAAGCAUGCACUAGCUGCCACUUACUAGCACCAUGUCGAUCUCUGGCUAACACAUAACUAUUGUUCCUUGCAUCUUUUGUUACUGUGAAGGAAUCAAAAGCAUGAACCACCCAGUGAUUUGUCUCCUACCCGCAUGUGUAAAUCACUCGUCUCUGUCAAUUAAAAAGCGCAAGUCUUUUUUCAA